ACUUUCGUCGAUACGUACAAAAUCAUACCUUUCGUGAUGGGAGUGGGGUUGAUAUACCCCAAUCCGAAGACGGAGACGCGACGAAUAGUCGGUAUACUUCUUGUCCUAAUUAGUGUGGUGCCAUUGUCGAUAAUGAUAUUAAUGGAUAUAUACAAUUGUUGGAAGCGACGGGAUAUCAUCAACAUUAUCAGACAUAGCACCGUCGUCGGUCCGUUUCUUGGGGGUAUAUUUAAGAUGUUCAUCAUGUACUAUAAGAAGAUACCAGCAAAGGGUAUCGUGGACGAGAUCGACAAAGACUACGAAUCCUUUAACAAUCUACCAUCGAGCUACAAGAGUAUCAUCAAUAAGAGCAUAUCCAACAGCCUGCUGUACAGCGAGAAGUGCUGGGCAAUUACGGUCAUAACUUGUGUUAUGACUUUCCCGUUUAUGGCCGUCGCACUGAACAUAUACAAUUUCCUAUUCAAAUCCGAGCCCACAAAACACAUGGUGCACGACCUGAUCAUACCGUUCAUGGAACCAGAGGAUAGAUUCGAUUCGCCGACCUUCGAGAUAAUGUUUGUUUAUAUGCUGUACGCAUGUCUAUUGUACGUUAUAAAUUUCACCGGAUACGAUGGGUUUUUCGGUCUCUGCAUUAACCACGCUUGCUUGAAAAUGGAGUUGUACUGCAAGGCGGUUGAGGACGCGUUACAGGCAGCUAACGAGGCGGAUAUCCAUGACAGGAUCGUUGAUGUUAUUCGCGAACAGAAUAAAUUGAAAAGAUACGUGGAUUUGAUUCAGGACACCUUCAAUAUUUGGCUAGGCCUAAUUUUAAUUGCAACGAUGAUACAAAUUGGAACUUGUAUGUACCACAUUACAGAGGGCUUCGGUUUGGAUCUUAGGUACAUCAUCUUUAUGACAGGAACAGUCAUACAUAUAUACCUACCGUGUCGAUAUUCAGCUAAACUAAAGCAUAUGUCCAUGGAAACAUCUACUCUAAUAUACUGCUCGGGGUGGGAGACCAUAACAUCUAACAGCAUACGAAAGACGAUACUAUUCAUGAUCGCCAUGGGACAGAUACCAAUCGAGAUAACGGCGUUCAAUUUAUUAAUAUUCGACAUGGAUCUAUUCGUAACCAUACUAAACUCGUCGUACUCGAUGUACACAUUACUGCGGUCUUAG